UCGACGAAAAGUUCAGUUUUAAUUCAGAUUUCACAGAGAACGGUUCGAAUUAUAGUAGUCACAAGGAUGGACCGCACCAAAUUUGUUCCAUCCCUUAUCGUUGCUGCCGUGGCCCUGUUCAGUAUAUACGUACACAGUCAAUCCUGCAAGGAAAGUUACGGUCGCUAUCCUGUUCCCGACGAAUGUGAUGCCUAUAUAGAGUGCAUUGAAGGCAUCCCGGAACGCAAGCUGUGCCCCGAUGGUUUACUCUUCAACGAAAAGGCCGGUCCCUAUGCGUACCCGUGCCAAUAUCCGAUCGACGUAGACUGCACCGGACGCCCACGCACACAACCGGCCAUUCCGACGGAACAGUGUCCCCACCAGUUCGGAUAUUUUAAGAUCGGCGAUCGUUCGCACUGUGGACAAUUCAUGAACUGUGACAACGGAAACGGUUUCGUGCUAGAUUGCCCCUACGGAUUGGCCUUUAACAAAGCCAUUUAUCAGUGUGAUUGGCCGGAUCUUGUUGAGGAUUGUGAUGCGGAUGCUUACCUGGGAUUCAGAUGUCCACCGCAAGCGGAUGGACUGAUUGCUCCGUUCCGCUUCUAUCGCGCUCCGGAUAAUUGCCAGAAAUAUUUCAUUUGUGUAGACGACAAACCAAGGGUAAACCUGUGCGGCCCGGAGCAAGCCUUCAACGAGCUGAUCAAUGCCUGUGAUGGUAUCGAAAAUGUCACCGGUUGCUUCCGUUGAGCAGCCGAACCGAAAACAACACCCACAAUACUCAACCUCAACUCUAGUGUAGAGACAGUACUGCAGUUGAAUAGCUUUAGAACGUUUAGGUUUCUUUAGAACUUACACAUACUCAGACACUUUGUAUUUUCUUUUAAUCAUAAUUCACACCGAUCACUUUCACCAUACAAAAUCUUAAGCUCUUCCAAAAUGACAUCCUCCACGAACUUCCGCUGUUUCCGUUCCAACUCUGGCCGGGCAGCUUCGCUUACACUUUUUAUGUCAGGUUUAUGCACCAAAAAGCCAUUAUCCAGCACAUGAAAGUUGUAGCCUAAAACACACAUAACGUAGCCCUGUAAGGAUUCGAGAAAGCGAAAACGAAAAAGCCAAACUGUAGAAUAAAGAUCGAAGAUCUUCAACGAGUGAACAA